CACGGACACCUUCUGCUCUCCACCUGUCUCUUGUGUCCACAUGCUCCCGCCAAGACUUCCGCAUGGGUUUGAAUUUGUUCCCCCAUGAAGAUCCUCUGAGGAACAGCAGCAGCCCUUCAGGAUAGCCACUACAUCAUGACCCCAGACAACGAACCUGUUGGAAACUUCCAUUUUGUUUACAUCAUGACCUUAAUAGUUGGAAGCACAAUUCGGUUCUCUGAUGAAAGUGACUUUGCAGUAGACAUGUCCAAAAAGGGUCUGACUCAUGUUCCCAAAGACCUGCCACUAAAAACCAGAGUCUUAGAUGUAUCUCAGAACAACAUCUCUGAGCUCCAGGUCUCGGACAUCCGCUUUCUGUCAGCACUGAGGAUGUUGACACUUUCCCAUAACCGGCUCCAGCAAGUGGAUUUCAGUGUCUUCAAGUUCAACGAGGACUUGGAAUAUCUGGAUUUAUCUUACAACCAGUUACGCAAUCUGACGUGUCAUUCUGUUGUGAAUUUCAAGCAUCUGGACCUCUCUUUCAAUGACUUCGAUGUCCCACCCAUCUGUCAAGAAUUUGGCAACUUGACACAACUGCAUUUCUUGGGAUUCAGUGCUGUGAAGCUACCACAAUUAGUUCUGCUGCCAAUUGCUCACUUGUACCUAAAUCACAUCCUUCUGGAUUUGAGACGCUAUUAUGGGAAAGCAAAUGAGACAGACAGCCUUCCAAUUCUGAAUACGAAAAAGCUCCACCUGGUUUUUCGCCCAGAUAGUUCAUUCUCUGUCCAAAUGAAAAUAUCAGUUAAUACUUUAGAGUGCUUACAACUCACUAAUAUUAAAUUAAACGAUAAGAACUGUCAAAUUUUGAUUAUAUUUUUAUCACAACUCACCAGAGGGCCAGCCUUAAUGAAUUUUACCCUGCACCACAUGGAAACAACCUGGAAAUGCUUGGUUAGAGUUUUCCAAUUCCUUUGGCCCAAACCUGUGGAAUAUCUCAAUAUUUACAACUUGACAAUAGUUGAAAGAAUUGGCAAAGAACACUUUACUUAUUCUGAGACGGCAUUGAAAGCUUUGAAAAUAGAACAUGUUACCAACCAAGUUUUCAUUUUUUCACAGACAGCAUUAUAUAUGGUGUUUUCAGAGAUGAAUAUCAGGAUGUUGACCAUAUCGGAUACCCCCUUUGUACACAUGCUUUGUCCUCAGGCACCAAGCACUUUUCAGUUUUUGAACUUUACCCAGAAUGUUUUUACAGAUAGCAUUUUCCAAAAAUGUUCCACUUUAGUUAGAUUGCAGACACUCAUCUUACAAAAGAAUGGACUGAAAGAUCUUUCCAAAGUAGGCCGCAUGACCAAGGAUAUGCCAUCCCUGGAGACACUGGAUGUUAGCAGGAAUUCUUUGGGUUCUGACAGACAUGAGGGCAAUUGCACUUGGGCUGGGAGUAUACAGGUGUUAAAUUUGUCUUCAAAUGCACUUACUGACUCUGUUUUUAGAUGUUUGCCCCUCAAGGUCAAGGUACUUGAUCUGCACAAUAACAAGAUAAAGAGCAUUCCUGCACACAUCAUGAAGCUAGAAGCUUUGCAAGAGCUCAACAUGGCUUUCAACUCCUUGGUGGAUCUUCCUGGAUGUGGCACCUUCAGCAGCCUCUCCGUGCUGAUCAUUGAACAUAAUUCAGUGUCCCACCCAUCCGCUCAGUUCUUCCAGAGCUGCCAGCAGAUUACGUCCAUCAAAGCAGGAAGCAAUCCAUUCCUCUGUACAUGCGAGCUCAGAGACUUCAUCAAAAGCCUAGGCCAGCUGUCGAGUGAGGUGGUAGAGGGCUGGCCUGAUUCAUACAAGUGUGCCUACCCAGAAGGCUAUAAAGGAAUCCUACUCAAGGACUUCCACUUGUCUGAAUUAUCCUGCAGCCCAGCUCUUCUGAUGGCGACCAUUGGGGCCACCUUGCUAGUGUUGGCUGUUUCCUUGACCUUCUUCUGCAUUCACUUGGAUGUGCCCUGGUAUCUGAGGAUGGUGUGUCAAUGGACCCAGGCCCGGCGUAGGAACAGGAGCAUUCCAUUAGAGGAGCUCCAAAGAGCUCUCGAGUUCCAUGCUUUUAUUUCGUACAGUGAACAUGAUUCUGCCUGGGUGAAGAGUGAGUUAGUACCCAACCUAGAAAAUGCAGGUCUCCGACUUUGUCUUCAUGAGAGAAACUUUGUUCCUGGCAAGAGCAUUGUGGAGAACAUCGUAAACUGCAUUGAGAAGAGUUACAAGUCCAUCUUUGUUUUGUCUCCCCACUUUGUCCAGAGUGAGUGGUGCCACUACGAACUCUACUUUGCCCACCACAAUCUCUUCCAUGAAGGAGCCAAUAACUUAAUUCUGAUCUUGCUGGAACCCAUCCCACAGAAUAGCCUUCCCAGCAAGUUUCAUAAGUUGAGGGCCCUCAUGACCCAGCGAACUUAUUUGGAGUGGCCUGAAGAGAAGAGCAAGCGUGGACUUUUUUGGGCUAACAUUCGAGCUACUUUCAAUCCAAACUUAAUGUUGGUCACUGUCAACCAAAGCAGUGAUGUGAGAACUUAAAAAACAAAGCCAGGUAGUCUGACUUUGGAAACUCUCAUUCACUUGGGACUCUGAUGACCACUGUGAUUUUGCUGCUGCCUGGAGGUGUCUUCCACUAUCCCCAUGCCUCCAGCACAUCUUUAGUGAAAGUCUUGAUCAGCUGAGCUGGGGUGAGGGUGGCACCGAGAAACCAGUCUCAUUGAUUAUUACAGUUCAAAUUAGUUAUUGGGAUCCUCAAUGGGGGGUUCUCCUUAGUCUCAGGGUAACCUUUGUCAUUCUGUUCAUUACUAGGGUUUGUGAAAUAAAUUAUACCAGUUACUAAAUAUAAAAAGGUAUUUUAAAAACAUAUGUAAGGUACUUUAUUUAAUAUUUGACUUGCCACACAAAUACGUAAUUAACCAGUGAGGCCCCGCGGUAUAAUGAUUUAUGUAGAGCCAUUCCCUAGAUACUCAUGACGAACUUGUUUCAAGACCCCCAAAAUGCCAAAUUCUGGAAAGGUUGAAGUCCAUUAUGUAAAAUGGCAUAAUAUUUGCAUGUAACAUAUGCACAUCACCCAGUAAACUAUCAAUCAUCCCUAAAUUACUUAUCACACCCUAGUAGCCCUAUAAUAAAUGCUACAUAUAUAAUUGUUAUGCUGUAUUGCUCAGGGAAUAAUGACGAGAGAAAAAUCUAUACAUAAGCAAUACAGACACAAUUUUCUCCCCAAAUAUUUCCACUCUGUAGUUGGGUUAAAUCCAUGAAUGUGGAAACUACAGACAUGGAGGGUCAACCGUAUAUAAAGAAAGGGACAGCCUUAAUUGAUGAUAAGGUGAAAGACAUAGAUGUGUCUGCUUGCCAAGGAAACCCAGAGCCACAUACAUAUGGUAUGGCAUAUUUAAUGUGACUUUUGUGGUCUUAGAAUUUUAGUUAAAGUCUCAAAGCUGACAAAAAGCAAUAAAUGCUGCCAACAUUUCAGAGAUACUGGGCAAGCUGGACUGGACUCAGUGGAAGAGAAGAAAGAAACCAGUCACUAUCAGUAUUACUCAGCUCUGGAAAACUAUGUCCUCAGGGCAGCUUAGAAAUGCAGUGAGUGGAGCUUCAGACCAUGGGGAGGUUGCUUUGGAUUCCUUCUAGUGCCCCACUCCCAGACUGGAAGCUGUGUAGUAAUGGGAAUGCCCAGGUAGGGUCCAGCAGAUGUGGGUGGUGAUGUAAGAGCUCUUGGAACACUUUGAUGAAUGUCCCCUGAAGUUGGGGAGUAGGUGCCCAUUGUAGCAUAAGCACCAGUAAACAGUGCUUGGCAAAUACAGGUGCUUCAUAAGUGUCUCUUGAAUGAACAGACAGUUCUUCCUACCUGGAAAGUUCAAAGGGGAGAGAUUGGUUGGACAGCUGUCCACAAUGGCUGAAUGAGAAAGCAGAUUCUGUGGCUGCAAGCUGCCUUUCCAUUCAUGGCAUGACAAAAGUACCUGAAUUUCCUGCGGCAGUGUUGGCCAUGGGAACGGUAGCUGGGUUUGAGCUGAGAGCCGGCCAUUAGUGUAAGGGAACCAUGGCUGUCAGGACUCUAGGCUCAGGGGAGUGGUUCAAGGAAGCUUAUUGGAAGGAUAUUGCAACUGGAGGUAAUGUGCCAUUUGCAUCAAGAAACUGUGCGAUGGCGGGGUGGGUAGCGGGGAGAAAGGGAGGUGCACUCAAGGCCUCCCAGUCACCCACAAAUGCAUACUAUGGAAUAGCCAGGAUUUGGGUUCUGCCUUAACAGGGCACAAAAGCAUGAGGGCCUUUCUGCCUUCCCUAAAUGUCAAAACCACAGGGAGAUUUGCUUCCUUCACUUCGUGGAGGCCUGAUGUCACCCAGCAGAUACAGAAGACAGAGGAAGUGAAGAAAUGGAGCCUGUUCCCUCCCUGCUCUUUCCUGCAGGAAAGGCCUGAACUGGGUGGAGCAAGCCGGAAUUUUGAAUAGGGUGUGAAAUUGUUCUUAAAUUUUCAUUCUGAUACAGCCAUACAAUAGCUAAAAUGAGAUAUACAUGGAUAUCUGUGGGUGCUACCUAAGACUUGGGGUGAGGAAGGAGAUGAAAUGGAACUUGGCUGGAAGGCAGUGGUGAGAGGGGCAAAAUAAAGGCCUUUCUUCCUGGACUUAGUUUAUUCAAUAGGGCAGUUUUGUAAUUGCUAAUUGUACGGGAACACGCCUGAAUUUUCACUAUCAGUCACUUCUGGCUACGAUAGCCCUUCCUUCUUCUCUAUGAGAGUGAGCACCUGUGUUUUCCUAGGCCCUCUCCUAAACAGUAAAUUGUUCUACAGCCUCUGUUGAAUGGUUUCUUAAACUAAAACAAUAACUAUCCCAAAAAAUAAACACCCAAAAAAUAGUGACAUAAAUUUAAAUUGAUCACAUAACUUUAAAACAGUGUCGUAAUAUUGCCUACAGAAUCUUGCACAAAUUGAAAAGAUAGAACUUUAAUAUUUUUAAAAGAGAAUUAAACAAAGCCUACAGUUGGGUCACACAUGCAAGAACACAUUUCAGAGAGAUCCAAGUUGGGUCAUUAGAGAUUCCACUGUUGUUUUAGCUAAAGGCAUUGGUUCUCCAGGGAUUCUCUCUUUGUGGUCAAGUUCUUCUGAUUGUGAGCAGCAAAUACCAGCUAGAGUAUGGGGACUUUUUUAUUCACAGGAUAUAGGGAUCUCUCUUGCACAGUCUAAAAGCAGGGAUCCAGCUGAUUUACAAUAAAGUUUGAAAGCAUCAACGAUAAACAGCUCAGAUGUUCUCUCCCUCUCUGAUCUCUCCAGCUUGGACCAACCCACUGGUAUGAGAGUAAUCCCAACGGAGUGAGUUUGCUUGCCCAUGACUAGCAUUGAGAUAGGUGAUAGAUGGUCCUGGUCCACCAGGUUUGCCAUAACAUAAUGCCACACACUGGACUACUUCAACACGAGACAUUUAUUCCCUCACAAGCCUGGGGGCUGGAAGUCCAUGCUCAAGGUCUCAAGGUGUUUUCCCCUUGGCUUGCUGGUGGCCACCUUAUACACAUGGUUCACACUGUGUCCCUGCAUGGCCUUUCCUCUGGGCAUACACAUCCCUGAUCCCAGUUACAUGGGAUUAGGACUCCAUCACUAUGACAUUCUAACUGUAUGGCAUUAGAGUGCCUCUCUCCAACUAUGGUCACAAUCUGGAAUUCUAAGGCUUAGGGCUUAAACGUGAAUCUGAAGGGAUCACAACUGAGUCCACACAGAUGACUAUGCAGAUAAAUUGAGAAGUGUUGUGACUGAGGUUAUUAGCUGUUGUCAAUACCCAUUCUUCCCUUACUUACGAGUAGGAGGCUUGAAUUUUAUCAGGGCACCUGAUAACUCGGCUAAAGACCGUGUGUCCUAGCCAUCUGUACAGCUUCAUGUGGAAGUGUAAUAAGUCUUGGCCAUAUGGGAGGAUGAGGCAUGAAGGCCCCUGCCAGAUGAAGGGCCCCU